AUGUGCAGCCUCGUGCGCCACAGCGAUGUGUUUGAUCUCUUUGAGAUGCAACACGUAAACUUCGUGAAUUUACCGGAGAACUACGUCAUGAAGUAUUACUUUUUUCACGCUCUUUCAUGGCCUCAGCUACCAACUGUAGCAGAAGACAGUCAGGGGAAGAUCGUUGGUUAUGUUCUUGCAAAGCUUGAAGAUGAAAACCAACAAGGACAGAAGCCCCACGGCCACGUAACAUCUGUUGCAGUGCUGAGACAAAACAGAAAAUUAGGGUUAGCGUCUAAGCUUAUGACUCUCUCGCAAAGAGCAAUGCAAGACGUCUUUUCGGCGGAGUUUGCAGCGCUGCACGUCCGCGUAACCAACAGAGCGGCCUUUGCACUGUACAGCAAAACAUUAGGCUAUAGGGUCCAUGAUAUAGAUAAAGAGUAUUAUGCUGACAAAGAAGACGCAUUUAAUAUGCGCAACUACUUUAAUAAAGAUAAAGUCGGCAAGGGGCGCCGCAAAGAGGCAGAGAAGGAGACAGAAGAAGCUGCUGCUGGAGGAGCAUCAGAGACUUCGGCUGCAGCAGCAGAGCAAACCCCCGCAGCAGCAGCAACAGCAGCAGCAGCCAAAGGAACAGCAGCAGCUGCAGCACCGGAGCAGCAAGCUGCAGCAGCUGCGCAGCAGUCCACCUCGACAACAGCAGGUGCAGGGAGCAGCGGCAGCAAAAACAGAAGAAAAAAACGCUAG